GAACAUGGUGCCUCCUGAGUGACGCCUCCUCCUCCUUCUGUGCUGCCUUCACUCUCCUCCGGCUCCUUCCCAGGCACUGACAAUGGCUAAGCAAUAUGAUGUGCUGUUCCGGCUGCUCCUCAUCGGGGACUCCGGCGUCGGGAAGACCUGUUUGCUCUGCAGGUUCACAGACAACGAAUUCCACCCUUCCCACAUCUCCACUAUAGGAGUUGACUUCAAAAUGAAGACAAUAGAGGUUGAUGGGAUCAAAGUAAGAAUACAAAUCUGGGACACAGCUGGUCAAGAACGAUACCAGACAAUUACCAAACAGUACUAUAGAAGAGCACAGGGUAUAUUCCUAGUCUAUGACAUAACAAGUGAACGCUCAUACCAGCAUAUAAUGAAAUGGGCAAGUGAUGUAGAUGAGUACGCACCGGACGGAGUUCAAAAGAUUUUAAUUGGGAACAAAGCUGAUGAAGAACAAAAACGACAGGUUGGAAAAAAUCAGGGGAUGAAGCUUGCAGAGGAGUAUGGAAUGGACUUCUUUGAGACAAGUGCCUGCACUAAUUACAAUAUAAAGGAGUCUUUCACUCGUCUGACAGAGCUGGUCCUGAUGGCUCACAAAAGGGAGCUGGAGGGCUUGCGAAUGUCUUCUGCUGAUGAACUGAAUCUAGCUGAACUUGAAGAUGAUGGCAGUAAAUCAGAUGGAAUGGCAAAUUCCUCUAAAUCCUGUUGGUGCUAGAAAUUCCCUUUUUUUAGAGAUGUGCGUAAAAAAAUCACAGGAAAAGGGUGUAUUCAUCUGAGUGCAUUACCUGGGCAGCUGGCCAUGUGGAUGGACCACAAAUGGAAAUCUUGCUACUGUUAUUAAUAUUGUUAUCAAUAUUGAUAUUAAUGCAUCAUUUAAAGAAACGGAAAGCAAAAAGUUUUAAAACACAACAUUAAGACAGGAAUAUAUGUUACAAAGAUUUGGCCUAACCAUUUGCACUUUACAAAAAAACAGCCAUCCUUAUUCUGUAUGCUGCUCACCUUGUUUGUGUUACAGAAAAUUGGCCUUUAUCAAACAGAUUGAACAACACCUUUUUUUUUUUUUUUUUUUACACUGGGUCACAAACGUAAUAGUCUAGCAGCUGUUAAACUAGUUUAGGCCUCCUGCUUUUUAUUGUUUGCCAGAUCAUGCAAAAAGCCAUCCAAGCAAUGGACAUUUAUUAGAAGCAUCUCUCAUUUUCAGAUGAUCUGGUAACGUUACUAGAGUAGCAGCUGAGCUUGGUGGCAGAUGUAAAGGCUUGCGAGUUGUGCAUUAAAGGGCUACUCUAACCUCCAAAUGUUUAACCAGAAUAUAGAUUAGUGCAGAGUAAUACCUGUGCUGGCCUGUAGUUACUUUUUUUUAAUGAGUGUAAUGCCUGUACAUUCUCUAGACUGCUAGGUACACCCCUUUUAACAGUAUUAUAAACACAAUAGGAGCCCUGUUGGAGAUGCUAAGCGGCUGCUUAGGCAAGGUAAGAGUAAGCACACAUGGGGUGUUUUGUCGCCCAAGCUGGAGCGAAUUUAGCACAGGCAACAAAACAUUGAAAAAUAUCUUUGUAUUGAAGCAAAUAUGAAUCGCUGUAUAUUUGGAUGUUUUGUUGCCCAUCGAGGGCAGGCGAUAAAACAUCCCCUGUGUGCUUACUCAGCAAGCUCAGUAAAACUUGCACAAAAGCCUGGAAAUUUAUAGUGUGGGAUUAGGGGUAGUUUGCCUUUACGUUAAAGAAAUGCUGCCAUGGGAAGAUUACUUAAUAGAGCUUCUCCAGCAGAAUCCUGCAUUGAAAUCCGUUUUACAAAAACAGAAACAGAUUGUUUUAUAUUUAAUUUUAAAAUUUAACAUGAGGCGAGCCAUAUUCAUUUCCCAGGGUGCCACAGCCAUGUGUUCUGAUAAACUUCAGUCACACUUUACUGCUGCGCUGCAAGUUGGAGUGAUAUCACCCCCCUACCAGCAGCCAAACAAGGUAGCAAGAUAGCAGCUCCCAGUAGGUAUCAGAAUAGCACUCAAUAGUAAGAAAUCCAAGUCCGUCUUGGGACUCCUCCAGUUACAUGGGAGUAGGAGAAACAAUAGGUUACCUGAAAGCAGUUCUAAUGUGUAGUGCUGGCUCCUUCUGAAAGCUCGGACUCAGGCACAAUGCACUGAGCUGGCUGCCUACUCACCAAUUUUACAACUAAAAAAAAAACAUUUGUUGGUUCAAGAAUAAAAUUUUAAAUGGUAGAGUGAAUUAUUUGCAAUGUAAACAGUGUAAUUUAGAAAUAAAAAGUAUAUCAUAAAAAUCAUGACAGUAUCCCUUUAACGUUUAGUAUGUUAUAUUUUGGCCAGUUCUAACCAACUUUAGAGUUGGUCUUUAUUUUUUAUUUUUAUAGUUUUAUAAUUAUUUUCCUCUUUCCAGCUUUUAAAUGUGGGUCACUGACCUGGGCAGCCAUAAAAAUUAUUGUUCUGUGAGGCUACAAUUUAAUUGUUUUUUAUUACUUAUCUUUAUUUUCAUCUUCCAGUCUUUCAUUCAGACCACUGCCUAGUUGCCAGGAUAAUUUGGACCCUGCUGAGAUUCUUUAUUCUUUUUAUCAUGUUAGUUGAGCAAAAUAAACUUUACUUACACUAUA